AUGGCCUACGUGCGCCCGCACAUGGAGGACUACCAGCAGGUCACAGGCCAGAUUGAGGUGUUGGUCCGAAGCAUCGGGGGAACAACCCUCACAUACAACAUGGACAAGACCGCCAUCAUCGGAGACUUGAAGCAGCGGAUAACAAAACAGACCGGAGUGAAGUACCACGAGAUCCGGCUUGUGUUGCAACACCAGCAAGCCGAGCCUGACACCUUCGAGAAAAUCUACAAGUACGCGACACGGGGAAGCCCCCUUGAAAUGAGCCUCGUCGUGAUGCCCUCCUGCCGAUGGUGCAACGUCCACCUCACUGCCGCCACGACGACGGUGGAGACCGACAUCGGGGAGUACUGCUCGCAGCGAUGCCAUGCCUUGAUGAGCCGAGAGCUGCAAGAUCCCAACAGCGUCUUCGCCGUCUUCGGGAUCAGCGCGGAGACGCAGCCCCGGCCACAGCAGCAACUUCCGCCGGCCUAUGCGACCCUGGGCUACGAAACGGGCUGGGGGACAGAGCCGCGUCGAUUCGCCUGA